AUGCACGCAGCGCUCGUCGGUCUCGCUCUCUUGAGCCUGACGCUUCUCGCCGCGCCAUGUCCGUACAGCGAUGUCAAAGCAAGCGUCAUUUUGGCCGCCGAUGCGACCUGCGCCGGCGGGCGCACCGAUGUCUGCGGCGUCAGCAGCUCCUGCGUGGUGCUGGACGGCGACCUCGACAACGGCCUAUCGACGUUUACGGGCUUUAACAGCCUUGGCAACGUCUCCAACUAUGUUCAUCGUCAUUUGACCAUGGGUGCGAGUGCGUCCAUGACGUUUGCAGCCGCGUCGCUACCGAGCUACCUCACAUCCAUUUCGUUCGAGAACGUCGGCGUCGUCAACCUCUCGUCCUCACAAUCGCCUUGGUCGAGACGUGUCACGCACCUAUCCAUCGUCAAUGGUUCCAUGGACGCCACGACAUUUCCAUGGCCCUGCAACCUGACCAGCCUGACACUGCGCAAGAAUGCUCUCAUUGACGCACCAAGCAAUCUCCCGUCCACCCUCACCACACUAGUUGUGGAAGACAACCAAUUACACGACCUGCCGCCCACGCCGCCACGCCUCGAGCACCUCCACCUGGACGCCAACAACUUGACGACGAUCACGGAUCUCGACUGGUCGCGACUCGUGACCGUGCGCCUGGGCCGCAACCCGAUCGAAACGAUGGCUCGCGUUCAGUUCUCGCCGUCCCUUCGCUUCUUCGCCUGCGACGACUGCCCCUUGCAGCAGCUCACGCUGACGCCAACAUCUUUUCAUGCGCUCGACGCGCUGCCGCCAUGGGACGGCAACACAUCUCGCUUGACGGGGUUCAACAUGACGCGCAAUAUCUCAUCGAAUCGAUCCGCGUGUGCCAAGCUUCAAGGGACGGUCGUGCCGCUAUGGGCGGGAAAAGCUCCUCCGCUUUCGUUUGACGUCUGCCUCGUCCGAGAUACAAAUGGCACGGCCCCGACGAGCUUGGCCUCCAUUCGAGCAGGCACGGGGCUUGCGAUUGGCGGCAUCGCGAGCGCCUUUGCCAUCGUGCUCCUGGUGGUCGUCCUCGACCUCAAGCGCCGCCAGUGUCAAGGCGAAGCGGCAUUUGAUGACGCGUACGCCAAUGUGCAGCCGUCGCCGAAUCGCCACGCGCAGACUGUGUACGUCUACCCGCGCAGCUCCCUUGGACAAAGCAUGGUCUCGUGGUUUCCUGGGGCGGCUACCGAUGAUGUCUUUGUCAACGACUAUGGCGCGUGGCACCUUGUGGAUCGCGACGACGACGGGUCGAUCGCGGUGGCGAUUGCUGUCGAGCCCACGUCGCAGGCCUUGGUGGCGUCCAUUUAG